UUCCCUUAAAUUAUUAUUUAAUAAAUUUAAAAUAAUUUCAAUUCAAACAAUCUGUUAACUGUUUCCAAUAAAUGAGGUCAGUUUUUUUUACUUUGACCUUACAUUGUUGCUGUGUAAUGAUCUCAACAGUUCCUUGAGCAAAAACACCCCCAGAAUAUGUCUGUGUGUAAAGUAAAAAAAAAUGUAACCAACGCGUACUUUCUCCACCGAAGAAUGCAUUCCUUUCUUUCCUGCCGUGUGUGCAUAUGUGUUGAACUCGGUGGGACCUUCUCCCAUGCACGCUUAAGUGAUGUGUGUGACGAAAGAUUGUCCUCGUUUGCUGCGUGGAUGUGCGUUUCAUUAGUCAGUCGCGAAUAGAACAACGGCCUCCGAUGUGCAAAUAUUUUUCACACAAUAUUAAUUUUUACCAGCGAAAAAUGAAGCAUUAUUUUUGCAGCAAAGGAAGAUUUGAAAAGUGAUGUUUAACCACUCGAACAAAAACCAUUUAUCGUUUCAUAAGAUGUUAUAGUGUGUGUAGAUAAAAAGUGCCGUACAAAGUGUUAGUGAGUAGUUCAGUAACUGAGUGUCUUUUUUUAUUUAUGGUUUUGCAUCAUACAAGCGGAAAGAUAUUAAAGAAGGAGAAAGGAACAUAUAGGUUAAGUGUCUUCCUGGAAAAGGGAUCUAAUCCCCAACAGCAAGUCGAACAAAAGUCUAUCCAAGGGUAAUAUUAGUGGAAAACCCCUUAUCCAUUUUGCCCGAGGCUGCAAAAUCAGCUUGAAAAAACAAUACAAUAGCUCUCUCAGUAUAAGACCUGUAAGAAAGGGGAGCAAUUUUUGCCAGUGACUACAUAAAACACAAAACCUACACACAAUGGGUGACAGCACGAUUGGUUCGGUUAGCUUCCUGCAUCUCGGGGACAUUGUGUCCCUCUACUCGGAAGGAAGUGUGUCUGGAUUUCUCAGUACCCUCGGCCUGGUCGAUGAUCGCGUUGUCGUAUGUCCCGGGGCAGGUGAUCUUAACGAUCCGCCGGAGAAGUUUCGCGAUUGUCUCAUCAAAAUAUGUCCCAUGAAUCGUUACUCCGCCCAGAAGCAGUUCUGGAAGGCGGCCAAACAAAGCACAACAACGAACACCGACACGAGCCUGCUCAAGAGAUUGCACCAUGCGGCCGAAAUUGAGAAGAAACAAAAUGAGUCAGAAAACAAAAAGCUACUCGGAACGGUUGUCCAGUAUGGCAGUGUCGUACAGCUGCUGCAUCUCAAAUCGAACAAGUACGUCACGGUUAACAUUCGGUUGCCGGCACUGUUGGAGAAGAAUGCGAUGCGCGUCUACCUGGACGCGAACGGUAACGAAGGUUCCUGGUUUUACAUUAUGCCGUUUUACAAGCUACGAUCGGCCGGUGAUAAUGUGGUGGUGAGUGAUAAGGUAAUACUGAAACCGGUCAAUGCUAAUCGGCAGAAUCUGCACGUGGCCGCUACCUACGAGCUGCCGGACAAUCCGGGCAGCAAAGAGGUGAACGUACUGAACUCUUCUACCUCCUGGAAGAUAACGCUGUUCAUGGAGCAGCGCGAAAACCAGGAAGAUGUGUUGAAGGGUGGCGAUGUGGUACGGUUGUUUCAUGCCGAGCAGGAAAAGUUCCUCACGAUGGACGAGUACAAGAAGCAGCAGCACGUGUUUUUGCGCACGACCGGUAGAAGCAGUGCGACAGCGGCCACCAGUAGUAAAGCCCUGUGGGAGGUGGAAGUAGUACAGCACGACAGUUGCCGCGGAGGUGCAGGCCAUUGGAACUCGUUGUUUCGGUUCAAACAUUUAGCGACGGGGUAUUAUUUGGCGGCGGAAAUCGAUGAAGAUAUUUCGCGCACGGAAAAAUCGAGCAGCUCAAGCCAUCCGCAAGGUGGUGACUCGUUCCGUUUGGUACCGGUACCACAUUCUACCGAUAUUGCGUCCGUGUUUGAGCUCGACUCGACGACGAUUACACGGCCGGAAGGAUUAGUGCCCCAGUCGAGCUACGUUCGGUUGCGUCAUCUCUGUUCCAAUACCUGGGUACAUGCGACCUCCGUCCCGAUCGAUAUCGACGAUGAUAAACCGGUCAUGUCGAAGGUGGGCUGUUCGGCGAUCAAGGAAGAUAAGGAAGCGUUCCAGCUGAUCCCAGUGUCACCGGUGGAGGUGCGCGAUCUAGACUUUGCCAAUGAUGCCUGCAAGUUGCUGCUAGCGAUGAGCACCAAGCUGGAAAAUGGAACGAUAUCCUCCAACGAGCGACGAUCGUUGAUAGCACUACUACAAGACAUUGUGUUCUUUAUUGCGGGACAGGAGAACGACCAGAACAAAUCGGACGCACUCGAUCUCACGAUCAACAACCCGAACCGUGAUCGGCAGAAGCUGCUGCGCGAACAGUACAUCCUGAAGCAGCUUUUCAAGAUCUUGCAGGGUCCGUUUCAGGAGACGAAAAACAACGAUGGACCGUUCCUGAAGAUAGAUGAGCUGGGUGAUCCGAAAAAUGCACCGUUCAAGAACAUCUUUCGGCUGUGCUACCGGAUAUUAAAGCUAAGUCAGCAAGACUAUCGCAAGAAUCAGGAGUACAUUGCGAAACAUUUCGGGCUGAUGCAGAAACAGAUCGGAUAUGACAUUCUGGCGGAGGAUACUAUUACCGCCCUGCUGCACAAUAAUCGCAAACUGCUCGAAAAACACAUUACGGCGGCGGAGAUCGAAACGUUCGUAGGGUUAGUGCGCAAGAACAUGCAAAGUUGGCAAUCUCGAUUUCUGGACUAUUUGUCUGAUUUGUGCGUUUCGAACAAGAAAGCGAUUGCCGUAACACAGGAACUAAUCUGCAAGAGUGUACUAAGCAUGAAGAAUGCGGAUAUACUGAUCGAAACGUUCUUACGGGAGGUGGAUGAUGAUCCGCUCGGGUAUCUCAAUGAGCUGGAGCGUGGUAAUCGAGAGUUUACCGAACUUCGGGAAGUCGAUGAAUCGGGAAACAUUGGAGCUGCAGCUGUUGAUGGAGAAUCGAAAGGAACAUCCGCACCGAAUGGAAAGCGAAAGUUAGACGAGAAGAAGCGGUACGAGGUGGUACUAAUGUGGCAGAAUCGAACGCAAUCGAAAUCAAUGAGCCGACUUGCCCAGGGAUUGAAGAUUGGACGCGCAGUAGAUACGGCCAUUCUCGACUACUAUCGCCACCAGCUAAACCUGUUCUCCAAUAUGUGCCUCAACCGGCAGUACCUUGCGCUGAACAAUCUCUCACCACACCUCGACAUCGAUCUAAUACUGCGCUGCAUGUCUGAUAAGACCGUGCCGUACGAUCUGCGUGCCUCGUUCUGUCGACUGAUGCUACACCUUCACGUCGAUCGUGACCCACAGGAACCGGUAACACCGGUCAAGUACGCACGGCUCUGGUCCGAGAUACCGACCGUCAUGUCGAUUAAUGAUUACGACAUCGAAAAGCAACCGGACAGCAACAAGGAAGCGGUACGGGCACGUUUCAACAAAACCAUCGCGUUCGUGGAGGAUUAUCUGUGCAAUCAUGUUGUCUCGAAGAUGUGGUUCGCCGAUCAGGAUCAGAACAAGCUGACGUUCGAGGUGGUGAAGCUGGCGCGUGAUCUCAUCUACUUUGGCUUUUACAGCUUUAGCGAUUUGUUGCGGCUCACGAAAACGCUGCUGAACAUAUUGGACUGUGUUUCGAGCAGCGAAGCGGACGGGACGGGACUGCCGACGGGGCAUAUUGAUUCAGCGGAUGAAAAGGGAACAUCAGUGCCCGGAAUUGCGGUACAAGAUGAAGCCGCUGGCAUACCAACGUCCGGUGCUAGUAAGGAGACAAACGUUCGCAAAGACUCUAGCGAUAGUGGGGUAUUAUUAACGACUGAGUUUGGGUUACCGAAAAAGUUUAACCGAUCCGCUUCUACGGUGGCCGUACUGGCCGCCAUCGAGGCAACCAAGGUUGCAUCAAAGUUUCGCUCCGGUAGUAUACCGGAAGCGAACAUCAGUAGCGCCGGUAACAAUGAUAGUGGUGGUGGUGGUGGUAACGCUGGUGCGGAAGGAGGCGUAUUACGGCGCAUCGGUGAUAUGGGUGCCGUUAUGACAUCGCUUACCCUCGGUCCCAUCUCGACCGCCAUCGUAUCGCCCACUAUACAGCAUCGCAAAUCUGUUUCGCAGUUGAUGAAAGAAUACCCUCUGGUAAUGGACACGAAGCUAAAGAUCAUUGAAAUCCUGCAAUUCAUUCUGGACGUUCGUCUAGACUACCGGAUAAGCUGUUUGCUUUCGAUAUUUAAACGUGAGUUUGAUGAAAAUGAACAAACGGCAUCGACUGCUGUCAUGCCGAUUCUACCACCGACCGUUAUCGUUCCUGAAGCACCAACAAUCGUUCAACCAAAUGCUGGAGUACCUUCCACGACAGUUGAUCCAUCGCCAGCGGUUUCGGUUGUGGUGCCAACCGAAAGUAUACCUCAGGACGCUAACAGUAGUAUCGGUGGAGAUACUACGUCCGAGGUGUCACUAACGUUGAGCAGCACAACGACUGAAACGACAACUACGACCACAUCGGACUCUACCUCGGAAGGACACGGUACAAUGUCUAGCGAAAGUUCGUCCGCAACGGAAGGGCACAGUAGUAGUAACACCUCCAAAAGCGACACCAGCCUUCCACCCACGGCGGAGAACAUCAAUUUGCGCCAGAAAAACAUUGAUCUUGAAUCGAUCGGAUACCAGGCGGAAGGUAUCUUUGGUUGCACCGAAGACACGUACAAUCCACUCGAUCUGGACGGUCAAGGUGGGCGAACGUUCCUGCGUGUAUUGCUACAUCUCAUCAUGCACGAAUAUCCGGCCCUUGUGUCCGGUGCGCUUCAUCUACUCUUUCGACACUUCAGUCAACGUCACGAGGUACUACACGCUUUCCGUCAGGUGCAGCUUCUCGUAUCGGACAGUGAUGUAGAAUCAUACAAGCAGAUCAAAUCCGAUCUGGACGUGCUGCGGCAGAGUGUGGAAAAGUCCGAACUGUGGGUGUACAAGUCGAAACAGACGGAUGAUUUACUUGCCGGUGGUGGCGAAGGUGGUGAAGGUGGAGAUGGUUCGGGUGGCAAGGGUGGCAAUGAACAGGGCGAAGGUGGAACGGGAAGUGGUAGUAAAUCGGGCGCAGGCAAUACGAAAGGUAAACCGGAACUGGUGAAACAAGAAUCACAGCUUAACUUCGACCAGGGUCCCGAGCUUAAUCCGGAACAGUCGUUGGAGUACAAGAAGAUUCAACAGAUACUGAUACGGAUGAACAAGCUGUGCAUCACGGCAACCGGGCCGGAUGGUUUCGUAAAACCCCGAAAGCACGAACAGCGGCUACUCCGGAACGUUGGAGUUCACACGGUGGUGCUGGAUUUGCUUCAGAUCCCGUACGACGAAAAGGAUGACUACCGUAUGAAUGAGCUGAUGCGGCUGGCACACGAAUUCUUGCAGAAUUUCUGCUUGGGCAAUCAGCAAAACCAGAUACUGCUGCACAAGCAGUUGGAUUUAUUCUUGAACCCGGGGAUUCUCGAAGCGGAAACGGUGUGUGCCAUCUUCAAGGAUAAUCUAAACCUCUGCAACGAGGUGAGCGAUAAGGUGGUGCAACACUUUGUGCACUGUAUCGAAAUACAUGGCCGUCACGUGGAGUACCUGAAGUUCCUGCAGACGAUCAUCAAGGCGGAAAAUCAGUUCAUCCGCAAGUGUCAGGAUAUGGUAAUGCAGGAGCUCGUCAAUGCCGGCGAGGAGGUGCUCGUUUUCUACAACGAUAAAGGUUCAUUUAACUACUUCGUUGAGCUGAUGCGAUCGUACAGUGCGGGUACGCUUGUCGACUCGAGCCCGCUCAUGUACCAUAUCGAGCUGGUUAAACUACUUGCCUGCUGUACGAUGGGAAAGAACGUGUACACGGAGAUUAAAUGUAACAGUUUGCUAGCGCUGGAUGAUAUCGUUGCGAUGAUAUCACACCCGGACUGUAUACCAGAGGUUAAGGUCGCGUACGUGGACUUCCUCUGUCACUGUUACAUCGACACGGAGGUUGAGGUGAAGGAGAUCUAUUCCUCUAACCAUAUGUGGUGUCUGUUCGAGAUGUCGUUCCUGAUCGACAUUAACAAUGUGGUAAAGGGUGGUUCGUUCACCAAUCGGCAGCUGGAGAAUUACGUCUGCAAUGAGGUGAUGAAUAUCCUGACGACUUUCUUCAACAGUCAGUUUUCCGACCAGAGCACAGCUUUGCAGAAACGACAGCUUAUCUUCGUGAAGAUUCUCCAGAAUUCCUUUAAGCUUACCCAAUGCAAAGGUCUUACACCGUCGCAGCGUUUCAACGUGGAAAAUUGUAUACGUACCCUGUCGGAAAAAGCGAAACCGCGUGGCAUUGCCAUACCGAUCGAUCUCGAAAACCAGGUGGUGAAGAUGUUCAACAAAACGGCUAUGUUGUCGCGCCAAACCAGCAAAUGGUUGCUGGUGACGAAGCAAACCAAGAUGGAACGGUCACAAUCACAAAUUAUGCGCAUGGAUCGUAGCAUUAUCGAGGGUUUGCAGGAUAUCGUUUCGCUGCUGGAAGACAAACUCAAGCCACUUGUCGAAGCUGAACAGUCCCUGCUGGUGGAUAUCCUCUAUCGCUCGGAGUUACUGUUCCCGCUCAACACGGAAUCUCGCAAAAAGUGUGAAACGGGUGAUUUCAUACGACAUCUCAUAAAGCACACGGAGAAGCUACUCGAAGAGAAGGAGGAGAAGCUUUGUGUGAAGAUACUGAAAACGCUCAAAGAGAUGAUGACGAUCGAUUGUGAUUAUGGUGAUAAGGGAGAUCAUCUGCGUACGAUACUGUUGAAGCGUUACUUUGGACACGAUUUUACGCUACAAGCACCGGUGGCAGCGCUUCCGGGUGCGGUAGGUCCGGCCGUUUUACAACCGGUCAACGUAUCGGCCGUCGUCAGUAGUCCGUUGGCAAGCGUAUCUCAUGGUCCGGGAGCGAAGUAUCUUAUCCGGGCUGGACGCACACUGCACGAGGUACAAAACCAUCUGGACAAGGAAGGGGCAAGCGAUCUGGUGAUUGAGCUCGUAAUAAAAUCCAUCAACUCGCCGUCGAUCUUCGUAGAAGCGAUCGAGCUGGGAAUUGCGCUGCUCGAAGGUGGUAAUCCCAUCAUCCAGAAGGGAAUGUACAACAAGUUCUUGAGCAACGAUCUGAGUCAAUCGUUCUUUAAGGUGUUUUUCGACAAGAUGAAAGAUGCUCAGCAAGAAAUCAAGUCCACCGUCACGGUAAACACGUCCGAUAUGGCCGCGAAUAAGGCGAGUGAAAGCAAGGUAGAGGGUAAAGAUUUGGAUAAGAUUGGCCAGCGGAAGAACGUGAACAAGGUGAACGGGAUUGUCAUUACGGAAGAUUUUAAGGAGGAGCUUCAAAAUGCCGCCCUAAUGACACAACAGUCGUAUAUCAAUGCACGCAAUCUAGCGGCAACCUCCGAUGGUACGGGUUCGGAUAAUGGAGAUGAAAAUUCACUGAUGAGCAUCGGUAGUUCGGCCCUCGAAGACAUACUGGCGGAGAAGCUCGAGAAGCAUAAGGACAAGGACGAGAACAAUAAGCUCUCGAACAAAGUGCUUGUGAUGCAGCCAAUUUUGCGCUUUCUCCAGCUGCUCUGUGAGAAUCACAAUCCUGAGCUGCAGAAUUUACUGCGCAAUCAGAACAACAAGACGAACUACAACCUUGUGUCGGAGACGCUUAUGUUUCUGGACUGUAUCUGCGGUUCGACGACCGGUGGUCUGGGGCUGCUUGGGCUUUACAUCAACGAGAACAACGUGUCACUGAUCAACCAGACGCUGGAAACGCUUACCGAGUACUGCCAGGGACCGUGUCACGACAAUCAGAACUGUAUUGCAACGCACGAAUCGAACGGGCUGGACAUCAUUACCGCGCUUAUCCUGAAUGAUAUCAAUCCGCUCGGGAAGAAUCGAAUGGAUUUGGUGCUGGAGCUGAAGAACAAUGCGUCGAAGUUGUUACUAGCGAUCAUGGAGUCUCGCGGUGAUAGUGAGAAUGCGGAACGCAUCCUAGCGAACAUGAAUCCGAAGCAGUUGGUUGAGGUGGCGUGCCGUGCGUACCAUCAGGAUGAGAAUAUACUGAUGUUGUUGAAUCAGAGCGAUGGUGGAAGUGGUGGCGGUAGUGGUGUUGGAGGUGGUGGUGGAACAGGUGGAAGCGGAUCAAGUGAUGAUGGGUAUGGGAGCUUGCGGCAUGAGCUCGGCGAUGAUGGGCACGAUGAUGAUGAUGUCGGAGUGUCUCCGAAAGAAGUUGGACACAACAUCUACAUCUUGUGUCAUCAGCUGGCCCAGCAUAAUAAGGAGCUUGCAGGAUUGUUAAAGAUCGAUAGCUACAAUAACAGCACGGCGGGCAAUGGUGCAGCACCCAGUGUACCCACGUUCCCCGGUGCCAAUCCGAGCAGUCUUGGUGGUGGGCCGCCCAGUAGUAGCAGCAGCAGUAGCGCCACGAGCAAGGCAAACAGUAAAACAAAUCAAGCAUUGCUGUAUUAUCAAACACACACGGCACAGAUUGAAAUUGUGCGGCAUGAUCGUACGCUGGAGCAGAUCGUGUUUCCGAUACCGGAGAUUUGCGAGUACCUCACGAAGGACACGAAGGUGCGCGUGCUAAAUACGGCGGAGCGUGACGAUCAAGGUAGCAAGGUGGCAGAUUUCUUCGAUCGGCAUGAUGCAAUGUUUAAUGAAAUGAAGUGGCAGAAGAAGUUGCGCGGACAGCCGGCACUGUUCUGGGUCAGCAGUUAUAUGUCGCUGUGGAGUAACAUCCUGUUCAAUUUGGCCGUGCUGAUCAACUUGAUUGUGGCGUUUUUCUAUCCCUUUGAGAAUGCACUUCCAGAAUUAAGCUUCCAUCUUUCGUCACUGAUCUGGAUCGUGAUGUUAGUGUCGUUGGCGAUCGUAAUUACAUUACCGCGCCAAUCGGGCAUCAGGACGUUCGUGGUGGCACUCAUACUACGGCUCAUCUUUUCCUGCGGUCCCGAACCGACACUUUGGCUGCUGGGUUGUAUUACCGUGAUCAUGAAGGGUGUUCACAUUAUCAGCCUUAUGGGUAACUACGGUACGCUCGAGAAGCACUUCGUGUCGAUCAUUACGGAUGCGGAACUGCUCUAUCACUUCUUCUAUCUGCUCUUCUGUGUGUUCGGUGUACUGCUGCAUCCAUUUUUCUUCUCCAUUUUGCUGUUUGAUGUGGUGUAUCGGGAAGAAACGCUUCUCAACGUAAUACGCUCCGUAACGCGAAAUGGACGCUCGAUCAUCUUAACUGCCGUCCUUGCACUUAUCCUCGUGUACAUGUUCUCCAUCAUUGGUUAUAUGUUUUUCCGUGACGAUUUCCUCGUGCCGGUCGAUGAAGAGUACGGUGUCACUUCACCCUCCACCGAAGAUACCGAUUGUACUGGGGAACCGUCAACGGUCAGCCACAUGGUACCGCCGGACGUUGUGGAGCAAAUGGUUCAGCAAACUUGCUCCAAGCUUCCCACACCCGGUACGGACCUGGCCGAUGACGGUGGUGAAAUGAAGGAGCGUGGUUGCGAUUCGAUGAUUAUGUGCAUCAUCACAACGCUUAAUCAGGGUUUAAGAAAUGGUGGUGGCAUCGGUGAUAUAUUGCGCGCACCGAGCAGAAAGGAAACACUGUUCGUACCGCGCGUCGUUUACGAUUUGCUGUUCUUCUUCAUCGUCAUCAUUAUUGUGCUGAAUCUGAUCUUCGGUGUGAUCAUCGAUACGUUUGCCGAUCUGAGAAGCGAAAAGCAGCAGAAGGAGCUAAUACUGAAGAAUACCUGCUUCAUCUGCGGGCUGAAUCGGUCCGCGUUCGAUAACAAAACGGUCAGCUUUGAGGAGCACAUUAAGAACGAGCAUAAUAUGUGGCACUAUCUGUACUUUAUCGUGCUGGUAAAGGUGAAGGAUCCGACCGAAUUUACCGGGCCAGAAAGUUACGUGCACGCGAUGGUAAAGGCAAACAUACAGGAUUGGUUCCCACGGUUGCGUGCCAUGUCGCUGGCCGCCGUUGAUGGGGAUGGAGAGCAGAUCGAGCUGCGCAGUUUGAAGAAUCUGCUCGAAACGAACCACAUUGCGGUGCGGGAACUGAUGACGCAAAUUAUGGAGCUGGAGAAUAAGAUGACGGAACAGCGCAAACAGCGGCAAAGGCAUGCCCUGCUCAACCCAACCACGUCCACCUCGUAUCAGUUCUACCCGCAGCUCUGAUGCUCAUCGUCCGUGGUGCUCGGUGAUGAUGGCCGAAGGAAACUGAUGGCCUAAACAAAUUGCAGCCCAACCAAGGCCUUUUGUUACGCCGCAAACACACACACACACACAAUGCUGUGAGACGGAAUUGUCAGGAAGCGGAUGAUUAUUUGUGAUAAGCUCAGUUUCUUACUGUGUGCUUGCUUUUGGUGAAUGUGUUUAAUGCUUUUGUUUUUAAAUUUUGAAAGAUUUUCCCCACGCGUUAGUGAGAAGAUACUUCAUCCAGGCAUGUGUGGUGUGAAAGUUUUUUGUUACUUUGGUACAUAAUUAAUGUUCUGUUAAUAUUUACUCGAUGCUCAAUUGUAGGAGAAAUGAAUCGUGUUUUGAUCAAAAAUGGAAUUUUUCCUUUUGUCUUUUUGGGACGUUUCACCGUAAUAGUCGCCAUGCGUCUGUCGAGUCUCCCAUAAAGCCUAACGAUGUCGGAUGUAAAUUAAGCUGCAUGUUAUUUAUGGAAUAGUUUAAAAAGCAGAUCUAAAAGCACCUAACGUAAAUAGUAAACUCGUUCACUAAUAUAAUUAUGGAGUAUGGAUUAAAAAGAAGAAAAAAACAAACAAACACACAAAAAACGCUUGCAAGGCAUGCAUUUUCUUCACGUGUAUGUAUGUUAACGAAAAUCGUUUCCAAUUUUAAAACGGUGUUGUGUUUUUGUUUUGCAUCUAAUUAGCAUUUUAAUGUUUGUGAUCUGUCGCAUAUGCACAUUCUUUAGCUCAUUCCUAAAACGACGCAGCGUUUUCAAAUCAACUAACCGUGACUUUCGGGGGCUGAAUCUCUUUUAACGUAUGUAUCUCUAUCUAUCUAUACCACCCACCCUGGUAACCAACAGUAGACUGACUUUUUGUACUUUGCCAAUUUUUCCCCUAUUCGGAGAGCUUCUAAAGUAUCGAACUCCAUUUCAACCGUUAACAACUGAACUCGAAACCCACUUUCUUCGACAAUAAUUGUGAUUGUGAGUGUCUGCUAGCUGUUAAUAGUUUAAUCUAAUCUCGUUCGAAACAUGCUGCCUAGUUUGUGUUUAAUGGCAAACAAAAGAAAACUAACAAAAAAAGGAAAAUGAUCGUAACCGCCUAAACCACUUUGUUGUGAUUGUUUGAAAGUGUAAGCCUAUUUAAUGUUAAGACUAGGUGUCAACUUUAUACGCUCGUUUAAUCUAGGUAUAGGAAUAAUGUAACCUGAAAGCCUUUUAAAGCAAUUUACACGUAUAGAACACUACCUAAAGUAGCACAGCACACCGGCGCAACGGAAAGCAACGAAUAAUUGUUGUCCUGUUUUUUUUGUUUAUUCUUCCUUUCAAUCACAAGCCUAGCGUAUAAAAUGUAUUUACAAAUACAUCGCACACCACUAACUUUAAUGCACUUGUUGUUAGUUUCUUUUCUACUGUGCUACAAUUUAUAUGUUGUUUUCUCCAAUUUGCACUCUCGGUGUAACUUAGUCGUUCCUUCACCGUCCGGUUACAUAGCUCCUUUUUUGUUGUAGUGUAAAAAAAAAGAUUUACGCUGUGUUUGCAUUAAAUCGUUAAAUACAAACGAGAAAAGCAUUGCAAAAGCACUGAUUGAUGAUUCAUUCUUCCUGCAAAGCGUAUACUAGUGAGAAGCAAACAAAGCUAGUGUUAUUGUCAUCUUUACAUUGUUAGUUUAGUCAAUACUGCUGCGCUGUAGGUAUAUCCUGGAGUACAUUUAAGAGAGCACGAUUAUUUAGAGAAGAUGAAAAAAAAACAUAAAAGAAUUAAUUAACUAAUAAACACAGCCCUAAAAAAUAAUGUUGCCACGUGAUAAAGAAAAUGAGCGUAAUCAAACCGUAGCCGAACAGUUAAUAACGGGAUUUGAUGAGUGAAAAUAAUGAUUCAUACCAGUGAAUGUAUGCAAGGGGAGAUAUGGGUCAGGAAUUUUAACAAUUCAAUCAUAAAAACAUUAAUAAUGUUUGCUGAAGUAAACUAUAUUAAUAAUAUUUUUUUUUUGCUAAAAUUUACAAAAUUCUUUGAAGUUACUAGUUUACUAAUUUUGUACAUUUUUUAUAUAGAGGAUAAUUAAAAAUAAUUUAAUGUUUUGUUAUAAAACAUUUGGAUUAAAUUCAUUUCUUUCCACUUUCUUGGCACGUAUCUCCCCUUGAGUAAAAAUGAUAUAAAAUCCAUAAUAAAAAAAAUGAAAAAUCUACUUAGAAAAGGGACGGACGGUAGCAAAAUAGAUAUGAAAAUUAGUCUACAGAGGUAUAAAAGAAUCUAUUCAACAAAUUUUACUUCUCUAAACACGGUUUAUUGUAAUGGAACAGAAUGGACAAAAAGAAAAACUCGUUUCAAAUAUGUUUACUAUCUUAUAGUUAGUACGUAAGUGGAAAGAAAGAGACACCAGGAACCUUAGAGAGAUCUAUGCAAGUAUUUUUCGGAUGUAGUAAAUAAGACAAAUAAUUAAUAUUACAUCAACACGUAAGGAGGAAGAAGCAAAAUUGUUUCCUGUUGUGUGUAUCACCCUUUAUCGCGUUUGCAUCGCGCUUCUUGGUCAUUACAAUUACAAUUACAGAGCGGCCACGAUGAUGGCUUUGAGAAGGAUGGGGAAUGGUUCCUUGCUGGAGAGGCGGAUGGCCGUGAGACACGGAGAGAAUCGUUAUGUUUUGCAUUUCAAAAAAUUAAAACAGCCCCGAUUGGUGCUGCUACGUGCUGUUUGCAAUGACGAUUCUCUCGCGCAAGAUAAUUUCUGCUGGUUCUAUUUACAAAUUUACGCAGGUUGGCUAUAUAAGAGGUCGUUUGGAAAUGCCACAAUGUUUCUGUUUUUUUUUCUUACGCACUAUCGUACCGAUCAUGCUAGGGCGCAGUGAAUUAAUCACAAUACGGUUGUUGGGCUUGUUGUCCUACCAUUCUAAACUUGGCUCAGCUUAAACAAACUAGCGUUCAACUCUACUAACAACCCCUUUUUUUCGCUAUUGUACAGCUUAGUACGUGCUGCUAGUAGAGCGAUAUUUAUAUGCCCUUUUUCCUACUUCUGUUGUAAGUUCACGACAGCCGACAAUUGUAUAUGUGCAGUUAAUUUACUGCAAUUGCAAGUUCUCUCGUUCACACUUUUAUUUGUUCACUCGAUCGCACAAACAGUUAAUUUCCCUUUUGGCCUCUUUUUUUAUGUAGUAUGCUUUCCUUGCUACUUAUCACGAUUUGUUGUAAGCAACUUUUAAUCGUCUCAUUUAUAUUUUACUCCCGGUUAGGCUUCACUUAUGACUUUUAGCCAUUGGGCAGAUAUUUACGGUACCGGGAGUGUUGGAAGGAAUUGUCUACAGAGCAAGAACUUUUCUUUCCCUUCGUUUUUGUUGCACACUUUUUCUUCGAAACAGUGACUGCGGCGAUAAGAAAAAGCGGAACUAGUAAAACUCGCGACCACAAUGAUUUCAUACAGUGCAUAACGUAACUGUAGGUGUCACUUAAACAAAUGUUUUCAACAAAAUUUGAAGACAUAUCGAAAGGUUCAUAAGCAGAAUUUU